GGUCAAUGUGGUACUUUCACAGUCAUGGAAGUAUUCCGUUUUAGACUGUUGAAAUUUUAAUAUUUAUCAAACCUUCUGAUUCAGUGUGACUUUCGAAUUUCAAUUGCUUAUAACUGCAUAGAAUAUUUUGUACAUUAUGUAGCUUGUGUUUAGUCUCUUCAACUAUAUAUUGACUCGCAUACACACCCGUUAGAAUUUCGCGCACGUUUAUGCUCGUUAUUAAUUAGCUGACGAUACUGCUUUAAUUAGUGUUUCUGUCAGUCUUUAUUUUAUCUAUCAAUGUCAGGAAACCAAAUAGAAAAUGAAAUGGAGACUGAGUUAAAAUGUCGCUUGUUCUGUACUUCAAUAUCAAUGGCUUCGAAAAAGUUAGAGGAAAUAGAGUCAGGAAACACUUUAUCAGUGAACAAUUCAGUUCCUCUUAAUUCACCAUGUGAAACAUGGAAAACGCAUCCUAUUGAGGUUUUUCAGAAGAGAUUAAGCUCUAACAUUAAGAAAACUAAGACUACUUCAAAGUCAGUCACGGAGUUUUAUCGACGACAAGAUGAACAUAUUCGUGAAUUGGAGAAGAUCGCAACCAUUAUGGAGGCAGAGACCUCUGAUGUGGAAGUAACCUCCAAUCAUCAUUCUAUUAGGCGGCAAACGCGAAUUAAUACGAUGAUUAUUAGUAUUGUAUUUUGUGCCAACGUGGUACUUUUAUUGGGUAAAGCUGUAGCAUCUGCAUUAUCAGGGUCAUUAGCAAUCAUAUCAUCUUUGUUAGAUAGUUGUGUCGAUUUGGCUUCCGGUGGAAUCAUGUGGUUUGCUGCUCGUCAAAUGCGUAAAAGGAAGCCAUACAAAUACCCAGAAGGGAGAACAAGACUUGAACCAUUAGCAGUGAUUGUACUCUCUGUAUUUAUGGGUAGUAUAUCCAUACAACUUCUAGCUGAAUCUGUACAAGCCAUUGUUCGUAUGUCACAAAAUAAUCAAGAGGCACCACACGUUAGUGAUUUAGCAUUGGGAAUAAUGGCAUCCGUAAUUGUGACUAAAUUAAUCUUAUGGAUCAUUUGCUUUAAAUUUGGUGGUGGAAUGGCUAUCGAUGCGCUUAAAACCGAUCAACGCAAUGAUAUACUUACAAAUGCUGCAUCAAUUUUAUUUAGUGGUCUUGCUGGACGUUUACCUCCUUUACUAGGACAAAAACAAUACGAACAUCUUAAGUAUUUAGAUCCCGUUGGAGCUAUACUUAUUGGUUCUUAUAUUUUGUAUUCUUGGUAUCAGCUUGGUGCUGGUAAGUUGACGAUUCUUACAAAAUAUUAUUUUCCAUUCACAUAUAAAACUUUUAAUAGAGUUUGGUCGCGGCUAGCAAUAAGAUCCAAGAGGCCUGGCUCGUCCUAUUUCUAAUUCAUCAGACGCAUAAAUAUGCACACCAAUCUUGAUGCUCAUGCCAAGAAUCAAACCCAUUACCUUAUGACUAAAACUCUCGACACCUUGUUCACUUAGUUACUGAUUCCAUUUACCCAUUGACUUGUGAAACUGUGCAUUCGAAGAGAAGGGCAUUGGGUUUGAGUCUGUGUGUCAACACGUACACUGGAAUACACCUACAUUUAAUUAAUGAAUCUCAAACAGGACAAAACGCAUGUUAUGAAUUCUACUCCUGACCAAUAUGAAGCAUUUCCGAAAAUUGCUUGUGACCUAAUGGAAAUAUCUAGGAGAUCCUAUCAGGAUUUGCUUAUGCCCAAAAACCCUAAUUAAUCCUAGUCGAUAUCAACAACAGGAAAAUUCAAAUGCUUAUAGAGAAAACUUAGAAGUGCUUUAGUUGUAAAAGAAUAUGAAUAUAGUUACGUUUCAGCAUAUCAAAACUCGCUUUUACGUGAUGUUGAUUUACGCCUAGUGUUCGUGAAGCACCUAUAAAUGAAUAAAGUAUUUUUCAUAUAACAGAUACGUAAUCUAGCUGGUCAUACAGCAAAUCCAAGGUUUAUUCAAAAGAUUGCAUUCGUUUGUCUUAAUUAUCACCCAUUGAUUGAACAAUUGGAUACCAUUAGGGCAUUUCAUUUUGGUGAAAACUUUUUGGUUGAGGUUGAUAUUGUGUUACCUAAAGAAAUGUGUCUUAAAGAAGCUCAUGAUAUUGGUGAAGGGUUACAAAAGAAAUUGGAAAAAUUAGAAACAGUUGAACGAGCUUUUGUACAUUUAGAUUAUGAAUUUUCGCAUCGUCCAGAAACUGAGCAUAAAAUAGUUUAAAGAAGAAGAAAGAAAUUUCAUUGUAUUCUUUUUUUUCAAGUCAGUUUAAAAUGUACACAUGCACAACUACUUAUUACAUGUUCCUAUAUAAAACAUAAGAAAUUGACAAUUAAUUAUACUUUUUAAUAUUAAUAUUUAUGACCAUGAAUACACCAUGUAUCUAGAUUAGUUUACUGGAUUUCUUUCAUUAUUAAUUUCCUUUCAGAGAUUUUCAUGCUCUGUUUCUAUGUUUAGUUAUUUCAUCCAUUUUAUAUUUGACCAAUACAUAUAUUUUCUGUGCAGAUUUACAAGCUUACAAUCAAUACUAACAUUCUGUAUUAUUUUAUAAUAGACAAAUAAAACUAAUAGUAAUUUUCCUAAUUAAUUUAUAAAAUACAAUGAAAACUGAUAUUUCUUAACAACAAAGACAAUCUAUACCAAUAUAAACCAUUGGCUCCAAAUUAACUAUUAUUAUUAUUAUUGAUAAUGAAACCAUUAAAUUCAUAUUCUUGUUUAUCCAUUGUUUUACUAUAUAUAUAUGAUGGAUAAGCUCGUUCAUCAGAGUUUAUAUUUAUUAAAAUUCUCACUAGAUUAUGGGGGUUUUUGUUACAAAGAAAAGGAAAGUUAUUAGGAAAUAAUUCAAAUGUUAAUAUAAGAUUGUGUGUUUGUUUUUUUGAUUUCGUUAUUUUGUUUACUUUCACUGUUUAUCUGAAUAGUCCAUAUUAUCAUAAACGUUAUUAUUAUUUAAAAUAAAUACUAUCGAGUUUUUCAUUAGUUUUUUUUCUUUCAUUCAUAUAACUUGGUACAAUAAUAAUUUUGAUUAUCAUUUAGUUAUUUUUUAAUUAGUUUAGAAGGUGUACAUAUUUAUUAUGAUUGUUGACUAACUUUUUUUCUCAACUGAUUGAUUUGUGUUAUUUUCUUGAAUUCACUAAGAAUAAUCUUUCUCCCAUUUCAGUUCUUUAAUGAUAUUUAUUUUCAUGUUGAGACAUUUACUCUUCUAAAUCUGUAAUUAAAAUAUCAGAAGGUCAAAGAAAUGAUUAUCUGUG